UCAGCAUGGACCCGCCGCUACACGCGACCUGCUGACGUCGUCUGUCUUCCGCGGACCGAUGCGGGCCGGUUCUCUUGCCACUGCUGAACCGCCCUUAGUUCUUCGUCUGUCAGACGCUUGCGCCACGUCCCCCAGCCCAUAAACCCGCAGAUAAUCUCCUGCACACACACACACACAGGGGGGUAAUUAAUCGGUGGGCAGGUCGCUGUCUCUCUCUCUCUCUGGCUGUCUGUGUGUGUGUGUGUGGCUGUCUGAUUUGCCAUCGCACAGCAGCAGUCGUCUUGGGGCAUGCUGAGGCAGAUCGAGCCGCCGAUAUACCCCCCCAUCAUGUUGUGCUCAGCUGAUGGAUGUAACACACACACAUUCAGAGAGAGAGGCAGAGAAGACUGACACGCUUGACGAUGCGCGCCAGUCGAACCAAUCCCCACCCUUUAGGCCUACACAGAUCCCUACGUUUGCUGAUCUCGUCCACCAGGCCCUUGUAGAACUCGGCGAAGGUUCGGUCAUCUGUGCAGCACUUGUUGUGAGCGUCGAACAUCACACGCAGCUUGUAAUCCACCAGCUGCCACCACACACGCACCGCACCAACCGAUCGGUCCACUCACUGAGUGUCUGUCUACUCACACCCACCCGAUCAAGGGGCCGCGUCUCGACUAUAUCUCCCAACGCAUCAAUCUGCUGGUGCAUGUGGUAGUCACACGUGCGCCUGACAAACACACACACACACACACACACAGAGAGAGAGAGAGAGAGACAAGUGCACUCCCUGUCGAGGACUGUCAUGCAGCAUACAUACAUACUGGUAAGUCCAGACCUUCUCAAAGCCGCUGUUGAAGAGUGCCUGGCCGGCGUAGUUCUCGAAAAUGGUCACAGGGGGGAACUUGUGGUUCUCGCUAAGCCAAUCGUAGAUGAAGGUGUCCAUGAGCUCAUCCUUGUGCACAAUCAGGUUCUGGUAAGACGUCACCCCCUGGUCACGGUUCUCGGAUAUCCGUCGGUCGACCGAUCCUUCUGUCUCUCCUGUCUUCCGGCUGAUGGCCUUCUUGAAACGGCCAGGGCUACGACGCAGCGCGUUGCACACGCGACCCGUGACGCGAGCCAUGACACGUGGCACAUCGGUGGUUGUUGGGUGUGCGAGAGGGCGGGAGUGGCGAGGCGACGGUCUGACGAUGCUGCGAGAGGGGUGGAAGGCGAGAACCGUCAGCGGAAACACCUGCAGCAGGAGGCUGCCAACAGCAGCCUGGAUGCUGUUCAACAAGGUCUUCAU